CACUCUAUCUCCCCCUUUCUCCCUCUCUACAUUUCUCUCCCUCUCUCCCUCUCUCUCUCUCUCUCUCUCUCCUUCUCUCUUAUAUAUUGAAAUUGCCCGGGAUUUGAACAUGAUCACAGAAUUGCUCCUAGUGCUGGUGGGACACAUAGCCGAACACCGCAUAUUGCCUGGGUCUUUUAUUAUAGCAUAAAAAAAACUAAAAACAGAAAAAAAACACAUUAGAGAAAAGGAAGAAAGGAUUAUUUAAUAUACAGGUUUUUUUUUUUUUUGGGGUUUUUUUUUUUUUGCUAAAUCAAACACUCCUCCGAGAUUUAUUUUAUAGAGAACUAUAUCUAUUUUAUUUUAUGUAUAUAUUAUGUAUUCGCUCAUUAUAAUGGGCGCUAGUCUUGGAUAUCUGGGAUUCUGUUUACUAGCUUUACUUCACUAUCCUGCAACCGCUUUAGGGAGCAAAGCUACUCAAGAUGUUGACGAGUGUGCGGAAGCCUUGGAUAAUUGUAACAUUGACGCAAUCUGCCAGAACACCCUGCGGUCAUACAAGUGCAUCUGCAAGUCCGGAUACACAGGAGACGGCAAGCACUGCGAAGACAUCGACGAGUGUGACAACGAGUACAACGGCGGCUGUGUUCACGAGUGCAUCAACAUCCCGGGGAAUUACAGAUGCACAUGUUACGAUGGCUUCAGGCUGGCCCACGACGGGCACAACUGCUUGGAUGUGGACGAGUGUUUGGAGGGGAACGGAGGCUGUCAGCAGAUCUGUCUCAACAUGAUGGGGAGCUACGAGUGUCGCUGCAGGGACGGCUUCUUCCUGAGCGACAACCAGCACACCUGCAUCCAGCGACCCGAAGAAGGAAUGAACUGCAUGAACAAGAACCACGGCUGCACGCACAUCUGCCGCGAGACCCCGCGGGGAGGCAUCGCCUGUGAGUGCAGACCCGGGUUCCACCUCACCAAGAACCAGAGGGACUGCAAGCUGACAUGUAACUAUGGCAACGGGGGCUGCCAGCACACAUGCGACGACACGGAUCAGGGACCCAAGUGUGGCUGCCACAUUAAAUUCGCUCUGCACUCCGAUGGCAAGACUUGUGUAGGCGAGAGGAGUGUCCAGCAGCAGACAUCCCCGCAGCAGUUACCCAAUGAGACCUGCGCUGUGAACAACGGCGGCUGUGACAGCACGUGUCACGAUGCUGUGACGGGGGUUCGGUGCAGCUGUCCCGUGGGGUUCACCCUGCAGCCGGACCGCAAGACAUGCAAAGAUAUUGACGAGUGCCGGCUGAACAACGGUGGCUGCGACCACGUGUGCCGCAACACAGUGGGGAGCUUCGAAUGCAGCUGCAAGAAGGGUUACAAACUGCUCACCAACGAGAGGACCUGUCAAGAUAUCGACGAGUGCUCCUUCGACAGAGCCUGCGAUCACUCCUGUGUGAAUUCGGCUGGCAGCUUUGCGUGCCUCUGUCACAAGGGCUAUGUGCUGUACGGACUGGCUCACUGCGGAGAUAUCAAUGAGUGCAGCAUUAACAAAGGGGGCUGUAAGUUCAGCUGCCUGAACACUCUGGGGAGCUACGAGUGUACCUGCCCUCCCGGACACAAGCUGCACUGGAACAAGAAGGACUGCAUUGAGCUGGUGAAGUGCCUGCCGAGCUGGGUGUCUCCGCGGGCCACCCUCGCCUGCAGCAAAGUGGGCAAGAAGGAGAGCUGCUCCCUGACCUGUGCCUCAAAGGCCCACUACCUGGCAGAAUCUGACAGCAGCUACACAGUGAGCUGCGGCAUCCCUAUCCUGAACAGCAAAGCAUCGCAGAAACAAAACAACACUCAGAGCUGUAUAGAGACUCUGGCCCCGCCAGUCAAACAGAAAGCCUCGUUCAAGAUCAAAGACGCAAAGUGUCACCUGCACCCCAAGCUGAAGGGCAGGCAGGACGACGGGGGCAGGCACCUGGGGGCAGGCGGUGCCCUGCCCUGCAAUGACUGCCACGUGACCUUCGUGAACCUGAAAUGCGACUCGUCGAAAAAGGCAAAGGGCCGGCGGACCCGCAACCCUCCGAACAAGGAGGUGACCCGCAUCACGCUGGAGGUGGAGGCAGAAGUGAAACCAGAGGAGAUUACGGCGAGCUGUAACCUCAACUGCCUGCGACAGCGCAUGGAGAAGCAGGUGAAGUCCUCCAUCAAGGCCCUGAAGAAGUCCAUCAACCAGGAGCGCUUCCUGAUCCGCGUGGCGGGGCUGGAGUACGAGGUGGCACAGAAACUGGCACGGGCCCCCGAGAGGCAGGAGAACUGCGGGCCCGGGAAAGAGAGGGACAACGGACGCUGUGUUAGAUGCUUGCCGGGAUCUUAUUACCACGGAGAACAGGAAAAGUGCGUCUCCUGCCCGCCUGGCACCUUCCAGGAAAGGGAAGGCCAGCUUGCCUGCGACCUUUGCCCCGGAAGCGAAGGGCACGGCCCUGCUGGCGCCCGUAAUAUCACAUCCUGCACAGGGCAGUGCCCGUCGGGGUACCACUCUCACGAUGGGUUCAAGCCGUGCCAGGCCUGCCCCCGGGGGACUUACCAGCCCGACCUGGGCCGCACCCUCUGCUUUCCCUGCGGAGGGGGGUUGAGCACCAAGAACGAGGCAGCCAGCUCCUUCCACGACUGCGAGACCAAGGUCCAGUGCUCACCGGGUCAUUACUACAACACCACGGUCCACCGCUGCAUCCGCUGUCCGUUAAGCACCUACCAGCCUGACUUCCGCCAGAACUACUGCAUCUCCUGCCCAGGCAACACCACCACCGACUUCGAUGGAGCCACCACCGUGUCCCAGUGCAAGAACCAGCGCUGUGGGGGGGAGCUGGGGGAGUACACAGGCUACAUCGAGUCGCCCAACUUCCCCGGGAACUACCCUGCCAACGUGGAGUGCACCUGGAACAUCAACCCCCCUCCCAAGCGCAAGAUCCUCAUCGUGGUGCCCGAGAUCUUCCUGCCCUCUGAGGAUGAGUGUGGAGAUGUGCUGGUCAUGAGGAAGAACUCGUCUCCAAGCUCCAUCACCACCUACGAGACCUGCCAGACCUACGAGCGGCCCAUCGCCUUCACCGCGCGCUCCCGCAAGCUCUGGGUCAACUUCAAAUCCAAUGAGGCCAACAGCGCCCGCGGCUUCCAGAUCCCAUACGUCACCUACGACGAGGAUUACGAGCAGCUGGUGGAAGACAUCGUUCGAGACGGCAGGCUGUAUGCCUCUGAAAACCACCAAGAAAUCCUAAAGGAUAAGAAGCUGAUCAAAACCCUGUUCGACGUGCUGGCUCACCCACAGAACUACUUCAAAUACACGACCCGCGAGUCCAACGAGAUGCUGCCUCGCUCUUUCAUCAAGCUGCUGAGCUCCAAAGUGUCCAGCUUUCUGAGGCCGUACAAGUAGCCACGGAGGGCAGAGAGCCAGCCAGCCAGCAACUACAGCAACGACAACAAAAACUUUUUUUACGGCUUUUAAAACAUACUUCACUAUGCAGACUUUUUUUGGCUUCUGUUUUUUUUUUAACUCACCGUCACAACGGAUUAGUUAGCCGAGACCCGUCCUCCGCUGAAAGCUCCAGGUGACUGAGACUCAUUGACUUGUUCCAGCUACUUCAGUAUUGAUCGUUACUUCUGUUUAUUUUGUUUCAUUCCCCGGGACUCCUCGUACUCUCCCGCUGCUCUGUAGUAUCAGUUCUGUAAAUGUAUUCUAUGCAUGUGGGUUACCCAACCAUGUGGCUGUUUUUCAUAAAAUAAGGGAGCGCAAGUCUCGCCACAGUUGCCUGGGCAGCUGAGCCGUUUCUUCUGUUGCAGUGCUAAUCAAAUCAAAGCACUGCAAACCAAAAAAGGUUUUCAGUUCGAGCAAACAAAAUAAGAGACUGUGUUUGUUUUGCAUGAGAAAACGCAACUCUAACUCAUUUGGGACAAUUAAACCCCUCACCAGCCCUGCAUCGUAUCACUUCCACCAAUUCCCUUACCUUUGGAGUUUAAAACAUGUUCACAGAGUUUUAUAAGCCCCCACAAAAAAAAAGCAAACAUAUACGCUAAAUCUGUUUUUGUUUAGCAUUUAAAAAAACGGUGCUGUGAGCGUGGGAACUGAAAGUGUUGCGGAACGGUACAAAGUAAACACAUUUUUGUAUUGUAAAGGCAAUUACUUUUACUGUUGCUCAGAACAGUAACUGCACCUCCAGCAACUUGUUUCUUGUUGGUUUUAGUUUGUUUUCACCUUUGCAUUUGCUUCAUGUCCCUAUAAAAGUAGUGGAAGUCAGUAACCAGCCCAUUUCUCAUAGCCCCCCAUAGAAACAGUGCCCCCUCUAGUUCAGUCACAGCCCAUACAGCUCCUCCAAAGAGUAUCACAUUUACCUUUUUAAUUGUGCACUAGGACUUUCAGUCUGCCUUUGUAUGAGUGCAAUGAUCUUCAUCUCCUGUCUGUUUUAUUACAGAAAAGCAACAACAAUAUUUAUACCUGCCAAAAACUGUUCAAUAGAAUGUCCUUUUUUUAUUUCUUGGGUAAAGAAUGAAAUACAGCUAUCGGCUACUGGGUUACAUCAUUUGACUGUAGUGCAAUUCCAGUGUAUUCUACAUUUGUGCACUGGCACUAAAAGGAUCCCAAGUGAGACCUUGGAAUGUUAAUUUAGGUACACAUUUUUUUGUGCUUCCAUUAUGAAAAAUCUCAAACCCUUCAACGGUUUUCCCCGACCAGUCUCGACUGGUACAGAUCACUCAUUCCUUACCUUCGCCUUGUGGAGUAGGCCAGUGAUUCUGUCCUCUGCGUUCCUGUGCUGUAAACGGCUGCACGUUUUUCAUUGUGAUGUCACAUUGAAGAUCUCUUCUGUAAAGCCAACAAUGCAGCACCCGCAGUUUCCCAGUGUGAUUGUGGCGGCUAAGGGGCAAGCAGGGUCUUAUUUCAACCCACGCUUCUCUCAUAGACCCCAAACCAGGGCUUGGCACUUCACCUCCUGGUCUUUGUUCCAACCCUGUUCUAAAUGGUUUAACUGAACCAAUUAAAAAGGGGAAGUAGUUAAUUUUACCUGUUCAACCAGGACUGGAAUGGCUCUGGACAUGGUAACAUGAAGCCCCCUUUGCUGUCGUCCGUAGGCACGCUCUAUGUCUAGAGAGAAGUCAAGCUGUAUUGAGAGUUCUAAUGAGUUUCACCUUCUAUUUAUACCUGCAUUUUGUUUCCUGUGUACUACAAUUAAACAUGCGCCUCUAUGCCUCCUGCCCCCAGCAACUCCAGCCACUCCCCCAGAAAAAACAAGUGGAUGAUCAAAAUGUUAUGUUGUGUUAUUAUUAUUUUUUUAAAAUAAGAGUUUGCUAUGAUGUAUCAUAGAGUUCAUAACGGUAUUUGCACUUGAAAAUUGUUAUUGCUCAUGUAAAAAAAAAAAAAAAAAAAAAAGUCUGGA